AUGGCUGUGGGCCGGGCUCUCCGAUCGGUGUUUCCGUGGCUGUGGCAAGCUGCAGCCUCUGCUGCUGGCCCCGCUUUUGAUUUGCGCGAUGGGACCUUCAUGAAGCUGCUGGGUCUGACCCCUGGCAACGCGGUGCUCACGAGUCAGGGCCAGCUCGUGUCUCGCGGGAUGGCCGGAGGGGCCGUGAGCGUGCAGAACUUGGAGGCCAAGCUGUCCUACAACAUCCCAGCAGCGAAGUUAGAUGCUCAAGUGGCCGGCUCUUUGGGGAGCGGUGGUCUCGCGAUCCUGAACAAUCUCGGGCAGCUUGUUGUCUUUGAUGCCAAUGCCGGUCCGCACACAGGCAGAAAGCUCACAGGAGUUUCGUCGUGCCACAACUCCGGACUCCAGCCUGUGUCACUGACACACCAGCUUGUGCAAACUGUCGAUGGUGGUCUGGCACUCAGAUGUGCGGAGCGUAUCUCUUUCUGGGGAGUGGAAGCUGUGCAUUCGGGUGGACAUCCGCUCGCGUGGUGGUCUAGUCCAACACCAGAGCAACCGCUAAGUAUAGUUGGAGUGUGUUGCGGAGGCCUUAUCGUGAACGUCACUGGAGAGUUCGUGCUGCUCCUUGUGCAAACAGCCGGGCAGGUCUCAAGCAAGGCUUUGCGCAUCAACAGUACAACGAAUUCGCUUCAGGUAUUGCCGAAGGGUGGGGUGGCCACGCUGCAUGCAAAUACAAGCACAUCAGCUGCGGAUUGUUUAUUGGAAGUAAGCGUUUUUUCAACAACUGCCCUACUACAGGGUGGCCCUGCGUCUAGCAAGGCCAGAUUGAGCAGUGAGGGUGGAGAUUGUCGUGGGACCCUCGCUGCGGGUCCACCAGACACCCUCGUGCUGUUACCUCCGAAGUCGCAGAAGGUCUACAUAUUCCUGGCAGCCUCGACUGAUUUGGAUUCCGUCAUGGAGCUGCCCGUCCCAGACUUGACUGAGGGGCCCAAGUCAUUCGGGUCGCUGUUGGUGUUACCGGAAGGCAUCCUUGCACUGGCCACGAACAAGGGCGUGGCACUCCUGAGCCUCACGGCCCCGCAUCGUCCCGUGGGAGCACUGGCGAGUGCAGUUGCUGAUCCUGAUUCUGCGAUGAUUCCUUGGGGUCGCACAGGCCUUGGCAUCAUACAAACCGACGCGGUAGCAGGAAGAUCGUUAGUACUUUUCAACUUAUCAGCAUUGACACCACGGGCGGCUGGAGAAUGGCAACACGCCUGGCCUGAACUCUCACAAGGUACUGGCGAACUGAUCCCCCUUGCUGGGGGCGUUGCUUUUUACACUAGAGACUAUUCUGGUUGGAGGGUUCUCCAGUUUCUCAACGCCACAGAGAACGGUGACUGGGAAACAACAGUGUUGUUCAAAACCACAAUAGCAAGCGACUUCAACCCUUUCGGAUUCUGGGGACUUGUUCGAGUGUCAGAUCUCAUCCUUGCCGCAAGCUAUAGCGGGGCAAAAAGCACGACCGUGUUGCUCUGGAACUUGACCUACGCAUCCGCUUAUGGAGACGACGAGGUGCUGGAUCCCAGCUGCUCCAUGACUGUGCCGAACAACUACACUAGUCAGGUAUAUCUGAUGGGAGGCACUGCCGACGGAGACCUCGUUUUGGGCCUGGGCUUGUGCGUUCUCCUGGUUCCCGUGGCUGCCAUGGUUGAAUGCCGCUUCUCUUACGUCGAGCUGCAAAAGCAGGAUGGAGCAGGCAGUGGACCCCCGUUGGAUCCGAGGUAUGGCUUUCAAAGUGCUGCGGCUAGCUGCUGUGACGGUGGGUUGGCAGCCAAUAUGUUUAAAAGCAAUACUUACCAAAUCAUGUCCCUCUUCAACGCAUCAGCAGUUGCGGCCGGCGGUCUUCCCUAUGCUGAACUGGAGGCCGGCGCUGGCCCCGGCUGCGGGCUGCUAGCCCUGGCGGGCGGUGGUCUGAUGGUGCAUCGGGCCGGCCAAAUCUACGCCUUCUAUGGGAAGGACCUGCGGCCCGGGGGCAGCUUGAAGCCCUUCGCUUCGUUUGACCCCGGAUUCGAGACCUCGAUCUACGGCAUGCUCAGCGCUUGGUCAGACCCGGUCAGCCCGCUGCUUGACACUCUGGUGGUGGGGAGCAAGGUGUUCCGGACAAAGGAGUGCCCAGACAUGACCUAUGGCAGGGCCGGGCGCUGUCUCCCCUGCCCUGACACGCUGCUGUCGGUGUCGGGCUCUGCCUCGUGCAGCUUCAGGCCCGGUGGGCACAUGGUCCUUAUUCUCUGCCUGGCCUUCUUGAUCUGUGGCGCCGCCCUUUGCAGUGGCAAGGCGUUGGAGCGCAAGCUGAAAUCGGGAGGCCUUUGGUGGUGUUGGGGCUUUGCCUUUGCCUUUGCGCUUCUUCCCAUUGCGGCAGGGCCUGUGGAUGGUCGCUAUGGGCCCACUUGGCUCUCAAGCCUUCUGGCUGCUGUCGCGCUGCCAGCAUUUGCCGUCGAGCGCUUCGGUCGCCGGCAGCACCUGGCAGGCGUGCCAGAGAUUCCUGCCAUGUCGGGUCCACUGCUGCUACUGGCAGCGCUUGCAGUGGUGACCAGCCUCAUGGUGCUGCUAGACUGGGUGGGGCAAGCGGACUCACUGCAUCCAGUGGCCACGUUACUUGGGCAUGACCGCGGGGAGGCCAUUUGGUAUUGCCUCUUGGUCGUGAUCUGUGAAGCUGCCGUCUUGGCCUUGAUGUGCCUUGAACAGGUGCGUGCCAGCAGGCUGUUCCCGGUGUCAAUGCUGCCUGUUCGGAGCUUCCUCUAUGUCGAGACACGCCAAGGCUCCGAUCGGCGCCGAUGCUGUCAGGGCCUUCUUAUGUGUUGCGGGGGCUUUCCUGCCUGGGUGCUGACUUUCGUGCGGAGCUGGAACGGACGCCACAUCAUCUUGCUGAUAAAUGCUGCAGUGUCAUCCGCGACCUGCACCUGCCAGUACCUGCAAGAGACCAACAGCCCGCGGCACUGCCUCCUUGCGCUUGUUGCCAUCAUUGGCCUGCUCUCAGUGGGCACAGGCCUGGUUGCCUUGGCUUCGGUACGGUACCAGUGGCGGCAGCUGGACCGGCACUUCCGUUGGGCCAUCCUCUGGAAAUCCGCCAUGCUGGCGGGCAAGGUGAUUCUGCUGGCAAUUCCCAAGGCCAGCACUCCAGUGCACUUUGAGUCUGUCCUCAGCUGCGGCCCUGACCCUCUUUGUCCGGAGGACUGCCUCAGGCACGGUGGCUACUGCCACAUGUUUCAAUCUGCAGGCCACUCCUCCUGCAAGUGCGUCAAGUCGGAGUUGAACUGGACUAUCUACGUCCUGACGUCUGUCACAAGUUGCUUCCUCUGCAUGCUCACUCUAAUUGAUCUGGCCGCCUUCUGGUCCGCGCGGCGCACGCCCUGGCGCGAGUCCAGGCUGCGGUGGCUCCGGGGCUUUGCAGCCCUGGUUGGUGCCGCAGGCAUCAACCUGACUGCCUGCCUCUUCGCACUCCUGGUUUCCUUUGCGCCGACCAGCUGCUACGUGAAGGACUUCGCCACAGCUGUUUCCCUGGUGCUGCCCUUGGUGCCGCUGAUGAUGUUGGCUAACGAGGCUCGCUGGAUCAUCGCCACAUGGAAGGAGGACGCGGCGGGCUGUGCACUGAUCUGGUCCACUUCCGGCCUGCGUGUGUUCGCCUUUCUGACCUGCUUGGCGGCGGUGGGGUCGACUGCCUCUGUGGCCUCAAGACCCGUCGCUCGAGGCAUCUGCCAGGGUGUCCAUGGUGCCAUCUUGGGAAUCAGUUGCCUGGCGGUUCCCAGCGCUGUGGCCUGCAGCUUGCUCCGCGCCCGGAGCCCGCCAAGCAGGGCGGCCCAGGGCGCUCAACAGUCAGGGUCAGAGGGCUCCGAGAUGACGGUCAGCUUUAAGAGCUGUAGAAGCCUCGGGUCGCAAAACUAG